AUGGGGACUUUGGGUCCAGUUAUCUGGAUCCUGCCUGCAAUCCUUAUUCAUUGUUCUGCUACAGUUCUACAAAGAGUAUUGAAUGCCCCGCACAACGGUCGCGUCUGCAGUACAUGGGGACAAUCUCACUAUAAGACUUUUGACGGAGAGAUCUUCCAGUUCCCAGGAACCUGCAACUACGUUUUCUCCUCCCACUGCCAGAACACCUAUGACUUUGACAUCCAAAUCCGACGCUCCCCUGGUCAGGGAGAUACAUCCUUGUCUAAGAUUGUGAUGAAGUUGGAGGGUUCAGUUAUUGAGAUGAAGAGAGCAGAAGUCUUAGUUUCAGGCAAAAGGGUGUCUCUGCCAUACAGCCAGCAGGGAGUGCAAAUACAGAGGAGCAGCCUGUAUAUAACAGUGUUAUCCAAAACUGGUCUUGUCUUUAUGUGGAACGAGGACGAUGCUAUCAUGCUGGACCUGCCAACCAAAUAUAUCAACAGCACGUGCGGGUUGUGCGGUAAUUACAACAGUAAAGCACAGGACGAAUUUCAUAUGAAUGGAAUGCAACUGACCCCUCUGCAGUUUGGAAACUUGCAAAAGUGGAACGGACCCACAGAACGGUGUGAAGAUCUUUUACCAUCUGCCCCCAAAAACUGCAGCGACUGUAAGGAGAUAUGUUCCCGCUUGCUGACCAGUUCAGCCUUUGCAGACUGUGAGCUGCGCGUUCCCGUGGGUGCCUACGUAGAUUCCUGUGUGUUGGAUCUGUGCAGCUGCAAUUCUCCUACUGAUGUAUCCUGUCUCUGUGCCUCCCUGGCUGAGUACUCACGGCAAUGCGCCCAUGCUGGUGGGAAGCCUCAAUCCUGGAGAAAUCAGGAUUUGUGCAAGAGAAGUUGUCCUAUGAACAUGACCUACAUGGAAUGUGGCACCCCAUGUAUGGAUACCUGCUCAAACCAACAGAGGGCGCUAAUGUGUGAAGAACAUUGUGUAGACGGCUGCUUCUGCCCCCCUGGAACUGUAUUUGAUGACAUUGACAACAGAGGCUGUGUGCCAGUGUCUGAGUGCUUCUGUACCUACAACAAUAGAAAAUACGCACCAGGAGAAUCCUACGGCAGCAACUGCCGCACAUGCGCCUGUAAAGGAGGUCAAUGGAGCUGCAAGACUCUGCCGUGUCCUGGACACUGUUCUCUUGAAGGGGGAUCUCAUGUUCACACCUAUGAUGGGGGUCACUACAACUUUCAUGGAGACUGUAGUUACAUCUUUACUAAGGACUGUAAAUCGAGCACGUUCACAGUGCUGGUCGAGCUGAGAAGAUGCGGCGUAACAGAUACUGAGACUUGUCUGAAGAGCGUUACCCUAUCCCUGGAUAAAGGAAUUACUGUUGUAACAGUUAAAUCUUCUGGAACUGUUCUCCUGAACGGAAUCUACACACAGAUACCUCUGGUCACAGAAAACAUUGCAGUUUUCCAGCCAUCAUCUUUUUACCUGAUUAUUCAGAGUUUUAAUGAUAUUCAGAUUCAAGUCCAGCUUUUACCCAUCAUGCAACUAUUUAUGGUUCUGAAACCUAAAUUCCAGGGAGACACAUGUGGUCUAUGUGGAGACUUUAACAAUGUGCAGACAGAUGAUUACCGAUCACUGGGUGGAGUCUUGGAAGGGACGGCUGCUGCCUUUGCCAACACAUGGAGGAGUCAAGGAGAUUGUUAUGAUGUGAAGGAAAUCUUUGACAAUCCCUGUUCACGCAGCAUUGAAAAUGAGAAAUACGCUCAGUAUUGGUGCUCUCUGCUCUCAGACACCAACGGUCCCUUUGCCCCCUGUCAUGACACAGUGAAUCCCAUCAUCUACCAGAAGAACUGUAUGUACGACAGUUGUAACUACGAGAAGAGUGAGGACAGCGUGUGCGCAGCUAUGUCAUCCUAUGCCCGAGCCUGUGCUAUUGAUGGCGUCAGUUUGGAUGGGUGGAGAGACAGCUUCUGUGGUAAAUACACUAAUGACUGCCCAAAGAACUCUACUUACCAGUACUCCAUAAAGUCCUGCCAGAAAACCUGCCGCUCUCUCAGUGAGCCUGACCUCAGCUGCAGUGUCAGCUUCACCCCAUUGGACGGCUGCGGAUGCCCUAAGGGCACCUUCUUUGAUGACAGUGGGUCUUGUGUGCCAGCCAGGAUGUGCCCAUGUUAUUACAAAGGCUCUGUAAUUCCCCCAGGAGAGGUCAUUUAUGAUAACAAUGCCAUGUGUACCUGUCAAAGUGGAAGACUAAGCUGUGUUGGAAAACCACCCAGUUUUAAUGAAUGUCCACCCAACAUGGUGUAUUUUGAUUGUGCUAAGUCCUCUAAGGGAGCUAAAGGUACCGAAUGCCAAAAGACCUGCCAGACCCUGGACAUGGAGUGUUUCAGCAUUCAGUGCGCUUCGGGGUGUAUGUGUCCCAAAGGACUUGUACUCAAUAAUAAUGGCAGAUGUAUCCCUGAAAAGGAGUGUCCUUGUGUACAUAACGGUGAUAUCUACCAGAGUGGUGCCACCAUUCAGCAAGACUGUAACACAUGCGUCUGUAAUAACCGGAAAUGGCAGUGUACAAAGAAAGAAUGCUCCAAGACCUGUGCGGUUUAUGGAGAGGGGCAUUAUGUAACCUUUGAUGGGAAGCGUUAUGACUUUAAUGGAGACUGUGAAUAUACUCUAACACAGGAUUAUUGCACUUCCAACUCAGGAAAAGGGACGUUCCGAGUUCUGUCUGAGAACAUUCCGUGUGGGAGUAUUGGGGCCACUUGCUCUAAAGCCAUUAAAGUGUUUCUGGGGAACUUUGAGCUGAAGCUGAGUGAAGGAGUCUUUGAAGUUCUGGAGAGAGACAUUGGCAGUGAGGUCCCUUAUCAAGUCAGGCAGAUGGGUAUCUACCUUGUGAUUGAAGCUAAGGAUGGACUCAUUCUUAUGUGGGACAAGAAAACCAGCAUCUUAAUCAGGCUAAGCCCAAAAUUCAAGGGUAAGGUUUGUGGACUUUGUGGUAAUUACGAUGGCAGCGUGUCCAAUGAAUUUACUACAAGGGCUUUGUCAGUAGUUGUCAAUGAGCAAAAGUUUGGGAACAGCUGGAAAGCCUCUCCCAUAUGCCUUGAUGCCCAGCGACUUAGAGAUCCUUGUGUUGCUAACCCGUAUCGCCAACCCUGGGCACAGAAACAUUGCAGCAUCAUAAUGAGUACCGUUUUUGCAAAAUGCCAGUCAAUGGUUGACCCCACACCAUACUACGAGGCAUGUGUACGAGACACCUGUGCGUGUGAUUCUGGAGGAGACUGUGAGUGUUACUGCACAGCUGUUGCCGCAUACGCCGCAGCUUGUAACAAUGCUGGAAUCUGUAUAGCAUGGAGAAGCCCUGAGAUUUGUCCGUUGUUCUGUGAUUACUACAAUCCGGAAGGUGAGUGCGAGUGGCACUACAAACCGUGUGGAGCUCCCUGCAUGAAGACUUGUAGGAAUCCCAGUGGGAAAUGCAUGAACCAGCUGCCUGGAUUGGAAGGAUGUUAUCCAAAAUGUCCCAAAGACCGUCCUUUCUUUGAUGAGGACAUAAUGCGAUGUGUUGCUCAAGCAAACUGUGGUUGUUAUGACGACGAUGGCAAACGAUACAGUAUAGGGGAUAUGGUUCCAUCCUACAGAAAUUGUGAAACAUGUAUCUGCACCAAAAAGGGACGACGGUGCCAAACAGAUCUCCAAGCUUGUUAUUGUUACUAUGGAAAUAUGAAAUAUGACUAUGGAGAGGUCAUCUACAACACUACUGAUGGUAUCGGCGGCUGCAUAACAGCAACAUGCACAUUUAAUGGAACAAUUAGCAGAAAAGUCUACCCAUGUGUCCGAACCACUAAGGCUCCAACCACAACCUUCCAUUUUGAUACAACCACAUCACCUCUAAAUCUCUCCACAACAGCUCCAGUGAGUCCAACCUCUGUAGUAUGUUUGGAGGAAGUCUGCAGCUGGUCAGUGUGGUAUGACAUCAGUAGGCCUAAAUAUGGUGAAAAUGAAGGCGACUUUGAAACUUUUGAAAAGAUAAGUGAAAGCGGUCAUUCCAUUUGUAAAGUCCCAUCAAAGGUGAAAUGUCGAGCACAGAAGUUCCCUAAUAUUCCAGUUGAAGACUUGGGUCAGAUCAUUCAGUGUAACAACUCUUUAGGCCUUAUUUGUAAAAACAGAGACCAAUUUUCUCAGCUCUGCUUUAACUAUGAGAUCCGUAUACUGUGCUGUAAUUAUGUUCCCUGCAGACAGUCAACCAAAUAUCCUUCAAGUCUAAUCGCUACAUCUUCACAACCUAUGUCUGUACCACUAUUAGUAAAAACAACUAUUCUUACUACUGAACGCAUGAAAGUCACAACUAGACCAGUGACAGCUGAAAAAGAAUCUACAUCACAAAAACCUAUUUCACUGAAAACUACUAAGGUGUCUACAACAUCUGGUAAAGUCACAUCUACAAAAACGACUACAUUUGGUGUAAAAAGUACCACAAAAAAGCCAUCUUCCAAAACUACUACAAAUUCUGAAAAAUCAUCUACAUCACAAAAACUUAUUUCUGAGAAGACUACAAUAGUAUCAACUACAUCUGGAAAAACAAGUAGUAAAGCAGUUACUACUAACAUUAAAAGUACAACUAAAUCAUCCACUUCUAAGGUAUCCACAGCAUCGGUUAAAGCAACAACAAAGCAAGCUUCUUCCAGAUUUACCACAGUGUUUCUUAAAACAACAUCUGAAUCAUCAUCUGAAGAAGAAAGUACAUCCAAGAGACCUGUUUCUGAGAAAACUGCUAAAGUAUCUACAGCAACUAGUAAAAUAACAUCUGCUAAAAGGUCCACUCCAUUUGAAAUGGGUACUACAAAAGGUGCAUCUUCAAAACUAACAACCAGUUUCCAAAGGAAAACAACUGAGUCAUCAGAAGAAGAAUCUACCUCUCAUAAACCUAUUUCAACAAGAAAUACAAAGGUGUCAACCUCAUAUGGAAAGUUUUCAAGCACUAAAACAGUUACUCCUAUUAAAGUAACAACAAAGCAAGCUUCUUCCAGAUUUACCACAGGGUUUCUUAAAACAACAUCUGAAUCUUCCUCAGAAGAAGAAAGUACAUCCAAGAAAUCUAUUUCUGUUAAAACUACUAAAAUUUCUACAGCGACUGGUAAAAUGACAUCUGCUAAAGGGUCCACAACAUUUAAAAUGGGUACUACAAAAGGAGCAUCUUCAAAACUAACAACAGGUUUCAACAUGAAAACAACUGGGUCAUCAGAGGAAGAAUCAUCUGAAUCAUCAUCUGAAGAAGAAAGUACAUCCAAGAAACCUAUUUCUGGGAAAACUACAAAAGUUUCUACAGCAACUGGUAAAAUAACAUCUGCUAAGAGGUCCAGUCCAUUUGAAACUGGUACUACAAAAGGAGCAUCUUCAAAACUAACAACCAGUUUCCAAAGGAAAACAACUGAGUCAUCAGAAGAAGAAUCCACCUCUCGUAAACCUAUUUCAACAAGAACUACAAAGGUGUCAACCUCAUAUGGAAAGUUUUCAAGCACUAAAACAGUUACUCCUAGUAUAAAAACAACUAAACCAUCCACUUCUAAGGUAUCCACUGCAUCAGUUAAAGUAACAACAAAGCAAGCUUCUUCCAGAUUUACCACAGGGUUUCUUAAAACAACAUCUGAAUCUUCCUCAGAAGAAGAAAGUACAUCCAAGAAAUCUAUUUCUGUUAAAACUACUAAAAUUUCUACAGCGACUGGUAAAAUGACAUCUGCUAAAGGGUCCACAACAUUUAAAAUGGGUACUACAAAAGGAGCAUCUUCAAAACUAACAACAGGUUUCAACAUGAAAACAACUGGGUCAUCAGAGGAAGAAUCAUCUGAAUCAUCAUCUGAAGAAGAAAGUACAUCCAAGAAACCUAUUUCUGGGAAAACUACAAAAGUUUCUACAGCAACUGGUAAAAUAACAUCUGCUAAGAGGUCCAGUCCAUUUGAAACUGGUACUACAAAAGGAGCAUCUUCAAAACUAACAACCAGAUACCAAAGGAAAACAACUGAGUCAUCAGAAGAAGAAUCCACCUCUAGUAAACCUAUUUCAACAAGAACUACAAAGGUGUCAACCUCAUCUGGAAAGUUUUCAAGCACUAAAACAGUUACUCCUAGUAUAAAAACAACUAAACCAUCCACUUCUAAGGUAUCCACUGCAUCAGUUAAAGUAACAACAAAGCAAGCUUCUUCCAGAUUUACCACAGGGUUUCUUAAAACAACAUCUGAAUCUUCCUCAGAAGAAGAAAGUACAUCCAAGAAAUCUAUUUCUGUUAAAACUACUACAAUUUCUACAGCAACUGGUAAAAUGACAUCUGCUAAAGGGUCCACAACAUUUAAAAUGGGUACUACAAAAGGAGCAUCUUCAAGACUAACAACAGGUUUCAACAUGAAAACAACUGGGUCAUCAGAGGAAGAAUCAUCUGAAUCAUCAUCUGAAGAAGAAAGUACAUCCAAGAAACCUAUUUCUGGGAAAACUACAAAAGUUUCUACAGCAACUGGUAAAAUAACAUCUGCUAAGAGGUCCAGUCCAUUUGAAACUGGUACUACAAAAGGAGCAUCUUCAAAACUAACAACCAGUUUCCAAAGGAAAACAACUGAGUCAUCAGAAGAAGAAUUCACCUCUCGUAAACCUAUUUCAACAAGAACUACAAAGGUGUCAACCUCAUCUGGAAAGUUUUCAAGCACUAAAACAGUUACUCCUAUUAAAGUAACAACAAAGCAAGCUUCUUCCAGAUUUACCACAGGGUUUCUUAAAACAACAUCUGAAUCUUCCUCAGAAGAAGAAAGUACAUCCAAGAAAUCUAUUUCUGUUAAAACUACUAAAAUUUCUACAGCGACUGGUAAAAUGACAUCUGCUAAAGGGUCCACAACAUUUAAAAUAGGUACUACAAAAGGAGCAUCUUCAAAACUAACAACAGGUUUCAACAUGAAAACAACUGGGUCAUCAGAGGAAGAAUCAUCUGAAUCAUCAUCUGAAGAAGAAAGUACAUCCAAGAAACCUAUUUCUGGGAAAACUACAAAAGUUUCUACAGCAACUGGUAAAAUAACAUCUGCUAAGAGGUCCAGUCCAUUUGAAACUGGUACUACAAAAGGAGCAUCUUCAAAACUAACAACCAGUUUCCAAAGGAAAACAACUGAGUCAUCAGAAGAAGAAUCCACCUCUCGUAAACCUAUUUCAACAAGAACUACAAAGGUGUCAACCUCAUAUGGAAAGUUUUCAAGCACUAAAACAGUUACUCCUAUUAAAGUAACAACAAAGCAAGCUUCUUCCAGAUUUACCACAGGGUUUCUUAAAACAACAUCUGAAUCUUCCUCAGAAGAAGAAAGUACAUCCAAGAAAUCUAUUUCUGUUAAAACUACUAAAAUUUCUACAGCGACUGGUAAAAUGACAUCUGCUAAAGGGUCCACAACAUUUAAAAUGGGUACUACAAAAGGAGCAUCUUCAAAACUAACAACAGGUUUCAACAUGAAAACAACUGGGUCAUCAGAGGAAGAAUCAUCUGAAUCAUCAUCUGAAGAAGAAAGUACAUCCAAGAAACCUAUUUCUGGGAAAACUACAAAAGUUUCUACAGCAACUGGUAAAAUAACAUCUGCUAAGAGGUCCAGUCCAUUUGAAACUGGUACUACAAAAGGAGCAUCUUCAAAACUAACAACCAGAUACCAAAGGAAAACAACUGAGUCAUCAGAAGAAGAAUCCACCUCUAGUAAACCUAUUUCAACAAGAACUACAAAGGUGUCAACCUCAUCUGGAAAGUUUUCAAGCACUAAAACAGUUACUCCUAUUAAAGUAACAACAAAGCAAGCUUCUUCCAGAUUUACCACAGGGUUUCUUAAAACAACAUCUGAAUCUUCCUCAGAAGAAGAAAGUACAUCCAAGAAAUCUAUUUCUGUUAAAACUACUACAAUUUCUACAGCAACUGGUAAAAUGACAUCUGCUAAAGGGUCCACAACAUUUAAAAUGGGUACUACAAAAGGAGCAUCUUCAAGACUAACAACAGGUUUCAACAUGAAAACAACUGGGUCAUCAGAGGAAGAAUCAUCUGAAUCAUCAUCUGAAGAAGAAAGUACAUCCAAGAAACCUAUUUCUGGGAAAACUACAAAAGUUUCUACAGCAACUGGUAAAAUAACAUCUGCUAAGAGGUCCAGUCCAUUUGAAACUGGUACUACAAAAGGAGCAUCUUCAAAACUAACAACCAGUUUCCAAAGGAAAACAACUGAGUCAUCAGAAGAAGAAUUCACCUCUCGUAAACCUAUUUCAACAAGAACUACAAAGGUGUCAACCUCAUCUGGAAAGUUUUCAAGCACUAAAACAGUUACUCCUAUUAAAGUAACAACAAAGCAAGCUUCUUCCAGAUUUACCACAGGGUUUCUUAAAACAACAUCUGAAUCUUCCUCAGAAGAAGAAAGUACAUCCAAGAAAUCUAUUUCUGUUAAAACUACUAAAAUUUCUACAGCGACUGGUAAAAUGACAUCUGCUAAAGGGUCCACAACAUUUAAAAUAGGUACUACAAAAGGAGCAUCUUCAAAACUAACAACAGGUUUCAACAUGAAAACAACUGGGUCAUCAGAGGAAGAAUCAUCAUCUGAAGAAGAAAGUACAUCCAAGAAACCUAUUUCUGGGAAAACUACAAAAGUUUCUACAGCAGCUGGUAAAAUAACAUCUGCUAAGAGAUCCAGUCCAUUUGAAACUGGUACUACAAAAGGAGCAUCUUCAAAACUAACAACCAGUUUCCAAAGGAAAACAACUGAGUCAUCAGAAGAAGAAUCCACCUCUCGUAAACCUAUUUCAACAAGAAAUACAAAGGUGUCAACCUCAUAUGGAAAGUUUUUAAGCACUAAAACAGUUACUCCUAUUAAAGUAACAACAAAGCAAGCUUCUUCCAGAUUUACCACAGGGUUUCUUAAAACAACAUCUGAAUCUUCCUCAGAAGAAGAAAGUACAUCCAAGAAAUCUAUUUCUGUUAAAACUACUAAAAUUUCUACAGCAACUGGUAAAAUGACAUCUGCUAAAGGGUCCACAACAUUUAAAAUGGGUACUACAAAAGGAGCAUCUUCAAAACUAACAACAGGUUUCAACAUGAAAACAACUGGGUCAUCAGAGGAAGAAUCAUCUGAAUCAUCAUCUGAAGAAGAAAGUACAUCCAAGAAACCUAUUUCUGGGAAAACUACAAAAGUUUCUACAGCAACUGGUAAAAUAACAUCUGCUAAGAGGUCCAGUCCAUUUGAAACUGGUACUACGAAAGGAGCAUCUUCAAAACUAACAACCAGUUUCCAAAGGAAAACAACUGAGUCAUCAGAAGAAGAAUCCACUUCUCGUAAACCUAUUUCAACAAGAACUACAAAGGUGUCAACCUCAUAUGGAAAGUUUUCAAGCACUAAAACCGUUACUCCUAUUAAAGUAACAACAAAGCAAGCUUCUUCCAGAUUUACCACAGGGUUUCUUAAAACAACAUCUGAAUCUUCCUCAGAAGAAGAAAGUACAUCCAAGAAAUCUAUUUCUGUUAAAACUACUAAAAUUUCUACAGCAACUGGUAAAAUGACAUCUGCUAAAGGGUCCACAACAUUUAAAAUGGGUACUACAAAAGGAGCAUCUUCAAAACUAACAACAGGUUUCAACAUGAAAACAACUGGGUCAUCAAAGGAAGAAUCAUCUGAAUCAUCAUCUGAAGAAGAAAGUACAUCCAAGAAACCUAUUUCUGGGAAAACUACAAAAGUUUCUACAGCAACUGGUAAAAUAACAUCUGCUAAGAGGUCCAGUCCAUUUGAAACUGGUACUACGAAAGGAUCAUCUUCAAAACUAACAACCAGUUUCCAAAGGAAAACAACUGAGUCAUCAGAAGAAGAAUCCACUUCUCGUAAACCUAUUUCAACAAGAACUACAAAGAUGUCAACCUCAUAUGGAAAGUUUUCAAGCACUAAAACCGUUACUCCUAUUAAAGUAACAACAAAGCAAGCUUCUUCCAGAUUUACCACAGGGUUUCUUAAAACAACAUCUGAAUCUUCCUCAGAAGAAGAAAGUACAUCCAAGAAAUCUAUUUCUGUUAAAACUACUAAAAUUUCUACAGCAACUGGUAAAAUGACAUCUGCUAAAGGGUCCACAACAUUUAAAAUGGGUACUACAAAAGGAGCAUCUUCAAAACUAACAACAGGUUUCAACAUGAAAACAACUGGGUCAUCAGAGGAAGAAUCAUCUGAAUCAUCAUCUGAAGAAGAAAGUACAUCCAAGAAACCUAUUUCUGGGAAAACUACAAAGGUUUCUACAGCAGCUGGUAAAAUAACAUCUGCUAAGAGGUCCAGUCUAUUUGAAACUGGUACUACAAAAGGAGCAUCUUCAAAACUAACAACCAGUUUCCAAAGGAAAACAACUGAGUCAUCAGAAGAAGAAUCCACCUCUCGUAAACCUAUUUCAACAAGAAAUACAAAGGUGUCCACCUCAUAUGGAAAGUUUUCAAGCACUAAAACAGUUACUCCUAUUAAAGUAACAACAAAGCAAGCUUCUUCCAGACUUACCACAGGGUUUCUUAAAACAACAUCUGAAUCUUCCUCAGAUGAAGAAAGUACAUCCAAGAAAUCUAUUUCUGUUAAAACUACUAAAAUUUCUACAGCAACUGGUAAAAUUACAUCUGCUAAAGGGUCCACAACAUUUAAAAUGGGUACUACAAAAGGAGCAUCUUCAAAACUAACAACAGGUUUCAACAUGAAAACAACUGGGUCAUCAGAGGAAGAAUCAUCUGAAUCAUCAUCUGAAGAAGAAAGUACAUCCAAGAAACCUAUUUCUGGGAAAACUACAAAAGUUUCUACAGCAACUGGUAAAAUAACAUCUGCUAAGAGGUCCAGUCCAUUUGAAACUGGUACUACGAAAGGAUCAUCUUCAAAACUAACAACCAGUUUCCAAAGGAAAACAACUGAGUCAUCAGAAGAAGAAUCCACUUCUCGUAAACCUAUUUCAACAAGAACUACAAAGGUGUCAACCUCAUAUGGAAAGUUUUCAAGCACUAAAAGCGUUACUCCUAUUAAAGUAACAACAAAGCAAGCUUCUUCCAGAUUUACCACAGGGUUUCUUAAAACAACAUCUGAAUCUUCCUCAGAAGAAGAAAGUACAUCCAAGAAAUCUAUUUCUGUUAAAACUACUAAAAUUUCUACAGCAACUGGUAAAAUGACAUCUGCUAAAGGGUCCACAACAUUUAAAAUGGGUACUACAAAAGGAGCAUCUUCAAAACUAACAACAGGUUUCAACAUGAAAACAACUGGGUCAUCAGAGGAAGAAUCAUCUGAAUCAUCAUCUGAAGAAGAAAGUACAUCCAAGAAACCUAUUUCUGGGAAAACUACAAAGGUUUCUACAGCAGCUGGUAAAAUAACAUCUGCUAAGAGGUCCAGUCUAUUUGAAACUGGUACUACAAAAGGAGCAUCUUCAAAACUAACAACCAGUUUCCAAAGGAAAACAACUGAGUCAUCAGAAGAAGAAUCCACCUCUCGUAAACCUAUUUCAACAAGAAAUACAAAGGUGUCCACCUCAUAUGGAAAGUUUUCAAGCACUAAAACAGUUACUCCUAUUAAAGUAACAACAAAGCAAGCUUCUUCCAGACUUACCACAGGGUUUCUUAAAACAACAUCUGAAUCUUCCUCAGAUGAAGAAAGUACAUCCAAGAAAUCUAUUUCUGUUAAAACUACUAAAAUUUCUACAGCAACUGGUAAAAUGACAUCUGCUAAAGGGUCCACAACAUUUAAAAUGGGUACUACAAAAGGAGCGUCUUCAAAAUUAACAACAGGUUUCAACAUGAAAACAACUGGGUCAUCAGAGGAAGAAUCAUCUGAAUCAUCAUCUGAAGAAGAAAGUACAUCCAAGAAACCUAUUUCUGGGAAAACUACAAAAGUUUCUACAGCAACUGGUAAAAUAACAUCUGCUAAGAGGUCCAGUCCAUUUGAAACUGGUACUACGAAAGGAGCAUCUUCAAAACUAACAACCAGUUUCCAAAGGAAAACAACUGAGUCAUCAGAAGAAGAAUCCACUUCUCGUAAACCUAUUUUAACAAGAACUACAAAGGUGUCAACCUCAUAUGGAAAGUUUUCAAGCACUAAACCAGUUACUCCUAUUAAAGUAACAACAAAGCAAGCUUCUUCCAGAUUUACCACAGGGUUUCUUAAAACAACAUCUGAAUCUUCCUCAGAAGAAGAAAGUACAUCCAAGAAAUCUAUUUCUGUUAAAACUACUAAAAUUUCUACAGCAACUGGUAAAAUGACAUCUGCUAAAGGGUCCACAACAUUUAAAAUGGGUACUACAAAAGGAGCGUCUUCAAAAUUAACAACAGGUUUCAACAUGAAAACUACUGGGUCAUCAGAGGAAGAAUCAUCUGAAUCAUCAUCUGAAGAAGAAAGUACAUCCAAGAAACCUAUUUCUGGGAAAACUACAAAAGUUUCUACAGCAGCUGGUAAAAUAACAUCUGCUAAGAGAUCCAGUCCAUUUGAAACUGGUACUACAAAAGGAGCAUCUUCAAAACUAACAACCAGUUUCCACAGGAAAACAACUGAGUCAUCAGAAGAAGAAUCCACCUCUCGUAAACCUAUUUCAACAAGAUCUACAGAGUUAUCAACCUCAUAUGGAAAGUUUUCAAGCACUAAAGCUUUUACUCCUAGUAUAAAAACAACUAAACCAUCCACUUCUAAGGUAUCCACUGCAUCGGUGAAAGUAACAACAAAGCAAUCUUCUUCCAGAUCUACCAAAGGGUUUCUUAAAACAACAUCUGAAUCAUCAUCUGAAGAAGAAAGUACAUCCAAGAAACCUGUUUCUGAGAAAACUGCUAAAGUUUCUACAACUACUGGUAAAAUUACAUCUGCUAAAAAGUCCACUCCAUUUGAAAUAGGUACUACAAAAGUAGCUUCUUCAAAACUAACAACAGGUUUCAACAUGAAAACAACUGGGUCAUCGGAAGUAGAAUCUACCUCUCGUAAACCUAUUUCAACAAGAUCUACAAAAGUUUCGACCUCAUAUGGGGAGUUCUCAAGCACCAAAACAGUUACUCCUGGUAUAAAAACAACUAAACCAUCCUCUAAGGUAUCCACUGCAUCGGUUAAAGUAACAACAAAAGCAACUUCUUCCAGGUUUUCCACAUCUGAAUCAUCAUCUGAAGAGGAAAGUACAUCCAAAAAACCUAUUUCAAUGAAAACUACAAAAGCUACUGGUUUUCAGCAAUCAACUAUUGGGUCAUCAGAGGAAGAAAGCACGCCCACUACCAAGUGUCUAUGUAGUGUUAAUGGGUCCUUGAUUCCACCUGGUAAAAUGUUAUACAACACAACUGAUAAUGCUGGUUGGUGUUUCUACGCACAAUGUAAUGCGAGAUGCCAAGUGGAGAGGUACAGUGAAGAAUGUCAUAGGUCUACAGCUCCCACAAUGGCAGGCAGCACCACAACUGCAAAAUCAGUCACUGCAAGAACAUCUGCAGUCACCUCUAAAAAGACAAGUAGCGCAACAAUAGACAAGAGUACAAAGAUGUCUACAACAAGAACGUCCACAUCAAGAACGUCCACAUCAAGUACCAGGUCCUCCUCUUAUGAGUGCAGUGCAGUAACGCCUCCAAGAAAGUUGAGUGAAACCUGGGUAAUGGACAAAUGUACAAAUGCAACUUGCACUGGGCAAAAUGAGAUAAUUAUGAACACAAUGAAAUGCGCACCUAUUAAUAAACUGGUCUGUGCUAACCGCUUUCAACCCAAGAAGACAUAUGACGAGAGUGGUUGCUGCUAUCAAAAUGAGUGUGAAUGUGUCUGCGGCGGAUGGGGUGUGGCUCAUUACAUCACCUUUGACGGCACCUACUAUGACUUCAGUGGAAGAUGCACCUAUGUCCUGGUCCAGCAGAUCACACCACGCUUUGACCAUUUUAGAGUUUACAUCAAUAAUUUCUCUUGUAACCCAGAUGAUCCUGAUUGUGUUAAGACUCUUCGCAUCAUGUACAAGACUGACACAGUAGUGCUAAUGUCUCAGGAAGUGAAAAAACGACCUUUGAACAAGGUGUAUGUAAAUGAGAAGAUAGUUUAUCCAGCAUUCUCACAAAAUGGCAUAAACAUCAUUGACUCUGGUAUAUUCUUGGUUGUGGAGAUACCAGAGCUGGGAGCAUACAUUUCAUUUAAUGUAUUAAGCUUCACCAUCAAGUUGCCGUACAGCAAAUUCUUCAGCAAUACAGAAGGCCACUGUGGAAAAUGCUCUAACAAUCGCCUUGAUGAUUGCAUCUUGCCCAGUGGAGCUUUGGCACCAUCGUGUGUUCAAAUGGCAGGAAACUGGGGUGCGCCAGGUCAAGAUCCAUCUUCCUGCAGCCCUAUUCCCACCACCACCACUAGAUCUACUCUCCGAUCAUCCACCUACUCCCCUUCAUAUUACUCCACUCUAUUAUCCAGUAAAACCAAGACAUCUUCAUCAAGUCGGCCAGCCAGUCUGCCCCCGAUGUCUUCAUCAAGUCGUGGAACUAGUCUUCCCCCAUCUACACUCCCAAGCACUAUUGCAUCCACUAGAACCGAGGAGCCCUGCAACCCUCCUGAUGUCUGCAAGCUUAUUCUGAGCAGCGCCUUUGAGAUGUGCCACACAGUGGUGCCUCCAGAGCCGUUCUACCAGGCCUGCGUCAAUGAUGGCUGCACUAAAUCUGAGGGUCCCAUCAUCUGCUCUAACUUGGAGGCCUAUGCCAGACUGUGCGCUAUACAAGGCGUCUGUGUAGAUUGGAGAAACAGAACUCAUGGCGUAUGCCCCAAAAAUUGUCCUACAAACCAGGUAUAUAAGGCAUGUGGCCUCCCGGUAGAACCUACCUGUAACUCCAGGUACAACAACCAACAUGUUGACAAUGCACCACAGUACUUUGUGGAAGGAUGUUACUGUCCUGAGGGAACCACACGAUUCAACACAAUUUCUGAUCAAUGCGUCUCAUCUUGCGGUUGCACUGGACCAAAUGGAAUGCCCAGACAGCCUGGAGAAGUUUGGGACAGUAACUGUCAGACCUGUAUGUGUGACAACAUGACAAUGAGUGUGCAGUGCGCAGCUUACUCUUGUGCCUUAACCACCCCUGUACCCUGCACUGAGGAGGGGACACGGCCGGUGUUUGUGCCCAAUCCCACCAACCCGUGCUGCCAGGUUUCACAGUGCCGUUGUAACACCAGCCUCUGCUCCAGUGUGAAGAAGACUUGUAAGCCUGGUUAUGAAGCUGUGUCUGAGAUGCCAGCUGGCACGUGCUGCCCGGUGUACAGAUGUGUGCCCAAAGCUGUCUGUGUGCAGAAUGGAACCGAGUAUCAGCCUGGAGCUGUUAUUCCUGGCCAGAAGCCCUGUGAGAGGUGUAUGUGCAAUGAUGCAAUGACUAACAUGUCCGGCCUACAUACAGUUACCUGCAGCCCAAUUCCAUGUAACAAGCAAUGUCCAGAGGGGUCAGAGUAUCAAUUGCUCCCCAGCCAAUGCUGUGGAACCUGUGUACAAACUCACUGCAUCAUGGAUCUACCAGAUAAUUCAGUUUAUUUGCUUAAGCCUGGAAAAGUUUGGUCCCAUCCUGGAGACAACUGCACUCAGUAUGAGUGUGUGACGCAGAAGAGCAAGUUAAUUACUGUUGUCACCAAGAAGACCUGUCCACUGAUCAACCUAGAAGAAUGUGUCCCAGGAACAAUUAAAAAAGAUCCCAGUGGUUGUUGUCUAAUCUGUGUCCAAGAGCCUAAGAAGUGCCAAACGAAAAAGACCCAAAAAAUCAUCCUUCAAAACAACUGUUCCUCCGCUUCACCCGUUGUGAUGUCCUUCUGCCAAGGAGAUUGUGAAAGUUCCUCUGUAUUUUCUAGAAAGACACAGUCAAUGGAGCACAAAUGCAGUUGUUGUCAGGAGACAAAAUUGGUAAAGAAAACAAUCAGUUUAAUGUGCCCGUCAGGAAAGACAAUGGAAUAUUCCUACACCGAUAUCAAGAGCUGCGCUUGCGUUGACACUCAGUGUGUGAAGUAUAACGUCAGCAAGAGUCAGGAAGAAAAUGAGGAUUCUGAAGAUAUUGAGUCAAAUGAAGAUCAGAGCAGAAUUAAAUUAGUUACUAAAGGCUCUGACAAAAUAGCAAUAACACAAAAUAAAAGUCUAAAGAUCCCACUAAUCUAG